CGCAGUCUUUUGUUGCUCUUUCUCGAGUUCGGGUCGUUGUCGUCGUCGCGAAGUUUCUUUGUGUGAGCGAGCGCCCCCGAGGAGGAGUUUUCCCCGUCCCAUCAGCAGUGCUGGUGCUACAGCUCAUCAAACGUAAAUAUUUUCCUUUUUUUUCGUGUGUGCUCUGAGCGUUUUGAACACUCUUCUGCUGGUUUGGUCUGGUGGCAAAGCAAACGCAAAGCAGCCUGUGCAAAAGUUUUCUGUCGUUGUGUCACUCUGCUCGGCAGCCAUGUACAAGUUCAAUCAUCGUCGUCGUUAUUAGAAGGAAAAAAAGAGUGCGGAACAGUGGAAAAAGUGUUCGUCGUGGAAACGCCAUUAGUGCGCGAUUGCUGAAAAAUUUGUUUUCGGGAAAAAUCUCAUGGAAGGGUGAAAGUGUGGUGCCUGAAAUUCGACCAUGACGAUCAAACCUGUGGUGGUAAAUCAGAGUAGUGCGGAAGAUGGCCAAGAGGGGACCACUUCGCAGAACCUGGUCCAGAACGGAUCGGUGGUGGGUCGGAACACUCAUCGGAAUGUUGUCCUGAAUCAGCUGUCGACGUCAGAGAGUCAACCACUCCCAAGGGAAAAACGGGUGCACACUCCGCACAAUUUCGACUCGGAAAAUGUUCGCCACAGGAGGAGCCCCCACAAAAACCUUGGUCGCACCAAACGAGAUCACCACCACAAGAGAGAAAAUCGUGAACGGGACAAAAACCCAUCGCCUAGCUAUCCCCCUGUGCUACCCACGGUAAGCAACAAGAAGCAAGCUGCACCGUCAUGUUCCAGUCCGAUGGGAAAUGCCGGUGGCCGGUCCCCGAUGAGUGCGAUCCCGUCGAGCAGCAAUCUAAAUGUGGUGGCCACGGGCAGCAACAGCAGCAAUUCGAUCAAUUUGAAGGCAGCAAUCGAAGAAGCCCUGUCCGGAUACAACAGUGGGGACGAACACGUUGGCCAAAAAGACGCCCAGCUGAGUCCGGACGAGUGGAAGAAGCGGGACGAUGCCUUCGUCAAAAUUAUGUCCGAGAGAGGAUUUGUCAUCAAGGACAUGGUUGAGGAUGGUGCAUGCUUGUUCAGGGCUAUUUCCAUGCAAAUCUUUGGCGAUCAAGACAUGCACGAAAUGAUUCGGCAACAGACCAUGGAUUACAUAUACCAAAAUCGAGAAUAUUUUGCACAAUUUGUGACGGAAGAUAUCAACAAUUAUGUGACUAGGAAACGGGCGAAUCACGUUCAUGGAAAUCACAUUGAGAUUCAAGCAAUGUCGGAAAUGUACAACCGUUCGGUGGAGCUGUAUUGCUAUCAACUAGAACCAAUCAACAUUUUCAAUUCCGAACAAUUGAACAAUGGAAACGAACCGCUGCGGUUGUCCUAUCAACGGUGUUCGCACUACAAUGCAAUAUUAGAUCCGUACAAAGCGUCAGUCGGAGUCGGAUUAGGUUUAGCGGGUUACAGGCCCGACGAGUUAGACAUCAAGCAAAUGUCAGAUGCAGUCCGAAUGAGCGAAGAGUUGGAAAUCGAGCAAACCAUGUUCGAGGAUAAGCUAAAAACCACUGACUGGGAAGCAACCAACGAAGCAAUCGAAGAGCAAAUAGCUAGAGAAUCGUACUUGCAGUGGUGUCGUGAUAAUAUGCGUAAAAAUUCCGGUAAGAACGGCAAAAGCACAGUAGCCAGUACCGUCACAUCCAGCGAUCUCGGCGGUGGCGGCGGAGGUGGAGCUGAUGGUUGUAGCAGUACAUCGGUGAGCCCGGAGAAAUCACCGAAACAGAGUCUGGAAGCUGCAACGUCGUACUCGGAGUCGUUAUUGUGCGAACUCCGGAAAUCGUCGUCUCCAUCGCCAUCGAACCAUUCUUUCAACCAGGGAAGCUGUUCGUCGAGUUCGAAAAACAGCUCCUUCGAAAUGGAUAGUUCCCUCCCGGAAACCUCCUGUUCGGUUCAAUAUUUCUUCAACAACAGUAAUAGACGAAAGAAACGCAAUUUGAACUCUCCUGUGGAUAAACCCAGCACAGAAUUAUUACCAAAAAAAUCUAAAAUAGUGUCCAAUCCUGCGGCCGAACAUGGAGCUGACAGUGGUGCUAGCACAUCGGGAACUGGUAAAAACGAAAAUCGCCCGCGCGAAGAACCGGUAUCGGAGUUUUACCAAUCCCUGCUGGAAUCUUCGUACACCGAUGAUGGUAGUUUUGCACAACUAAGCGAGCGGGAAAUGAUUCAAAAGGCUCUGGCCGAAUCAGCGAUGGACUUUGUAAAACGGAGUGACCGAACGAAAGGCUCGCAGGAGGAUAAAUAUGGUACAACCGAUGAGGAAUACGAUUCGCCUUCGCCGUAAACGUAGGGGCUGGGAUAGUGCUGUAUAAACUAUACAUUAUAAAUAUGCGAGUUAGGAUUCGUUUUUCUAUUUCCGGAAAUAGGCAGUAAACCUCCGUGCGUUGGCAAUAAAAGUAGAACGGAAGUGUUUGCCCAUGAUACAAAUGUAGAUCGUAAAAUACAGUUUAGCUUACCGUUGAAGAGAGUACAGAGAAUAGGAAUAAGAUAAGAUUUCUUGUAUUCGCAAUUUUCUGUAUUACCUUCUGUAGUACAUUCAGCCAUCGACCUUCUUUGGAAAUUUCUAACAGUUCACACACCAACAGUGGUUGAUUCAUUGCCCUUUUUUAUUUUGGUCACGAUUACCUUCUAUAGUUUAAGGGUUAAUUUACUAAGCAAAUUUAGUUAACAGCGCAAUUAAUAAACAUUAAACUAUACAUAUACAAUACAAAUAAACAUACACUGCUGAGUAAGCGCUUUAUUUAUGGCGUGAAACCUUUGAAUUUGCAAAAUAAAUAUAUGUCCAAACAGUAGUGA